CAUUCUUACCCAACCCAAAAAUGGGAACCAUGUUCGGAAAUUCACUACACUUCCUCUUGUUCAUGUUGUUGUUCUCUCCUGUUGCAAUAUCAGAGCUGUGCAAUCCACAUGACAAGAAGGUUCUGCUCCAAAUCAAGAAGGAUCUUAACAAUCCUUACCUCCUAGCCUCAUGGGACCCAAAAACUGAUUGUUGUGAGUGGUAUUGCCUCAAGUGCGACCCCAAAACGCACCGUGUCUAUGAUCUCUUCUUGCAAACGGACACUGAUCUCUCAGGCCCAAUACCACCCUCUGUGGGUGACCUCCCUUACCUCGAGUCCCUCGAAUUCCACAAGCUUCCCAAACUCACCGGCCCAAUGCAGCCCGCCAUCGCCAAGCUCACCAAACUCAAGUACCUCCUUAUCACAUCGACCGGUAUAUCUGGCCCAAUACCUGAUUUCUUGGCCCAGCUCAAGAACCUUGAGUUGCUCCACCUUUCCUUCAACAACCUCUCCGGCACCAUACCACCCUCACUUUCCCAAUUGCCUAACCUCUUGUCCUUACAUUUGGACCGGAACAGCCUCACGGGCCCGAUCCCUGACUCGUUCGGGUCCUUUACUAAGCCCGGACCAGAUCUCAUCCUAUCCCACAACCAGCUUUCCGGGCCCAUUCCUGCCUCCUUAGGCCAGUUAGACCCAGACAGGAUAGACUUCUCGAGGAACAAGCUGGAAGGUGAUGCCUCCUUUCUCUUCGGACGCAACAAAAAGACACAAAUACUUGAUCUUUCAAGGAACUUGUUUUCGUUUGAUUUUUCCAAAGUGGGGUUUCCUAAGAAGAGCUUGAUAUGGUUGGAUCUUAAUCACAAUAAGAUUCAUGGGAGCAUUCCUGCUGGAUUGACUACAGUGGAAAAUUUACAGCAAUUUAAUGUGAGUUAUAAUCAGCUUUGUGGUAAGAUACCGCAGGGUGGGGAAUUGGGAAGGUUUGACAAGUAUUCAUAUCUUCACAACAAGUGUUUGUGUGAUCCUCCACUUCCAAACUGCAAGUUAAUAGAUGCUAUCUGAGUGUACUUGACCAAAUUAUGCUACUUCGAAUAAAAUAAAAGUCUUGUUUGAGUAAGAA